UUAAAAUGGUUUUCUAUCUCCUCGCAGCAAGUGGCAGUGCCAAGUUGUCUGGGUGGCAUGGUGCGGCCCGUGACUGGUGCAGAUGUGGGUAUCCGGAGGGCAGAGAUUCGCCCAGGUCUUCGUGAGGUCAUCAUCUGCAAAGACCAGGAACGAAAGGUCGGCCUCCGACUCAAAGAUAUCGAUAAUGGAGUGUUUGUCCAGCUGGUGCAGGCGAACUCUCCAGCGGCUUUGGGUGGUCUGCGUUUUGGAGAUCAGGUCCUGCAGAUCAACGGGCAGAAUGUUGCUGGCUGGAGCUCAGAUAAGGCCCACAAAGCUCUGAAGGCAGCACCUGAACAACGCAUCGAGCUCAUCGUUCGUGACAGACCAUUCCAGCGCACAGUCACCAUGCAUAAAGACAGCUCUGGCCACGUGGGCUUCAUCUUCAAAUCUGGGCGCAUCACGUCUCUAGUGAAGGAUGGUUCUGCUGCCCGCAAUGGCCUGCUCACAGAUCACUACAUCUGCGAGAUCAACGGCCAGAACGUCAUUGGACUCAAGGACACUCAGAUCAAGGACAUCCUGACCACAUCUCCUACUGCCAUGACCAUCACCAUCAUGCCUAAGUUCAUCUACGACCACAUGAUUAAGAAGAUGUCAAGCGGCCUGCUGAAGUCCUCAAUGGAUCACUCUGUGCCUGAGGUCUGAACACAGGAGUACACUCACACCCCUUUCCACAAUGCCUACAAUCUCUAGCCUUCCCAUUUGAGCCUUCCACCUCAUGGGUCAUCUAUCACUGAUGGGAUAAACCUCCUCAAUCACAUUCAUUUAUAACAUGUACAAAUGGCCUUUUUAUUUUACUUGUUGGCUGUUAUUGUUUUGCCUUCUAGUUCUUGAUUCUGUCCUUCAUGUCAUUGUUGUCAUAUUACAUGUUAUAUAAUAAUCCAUCGUCAUAACUGAGUAUUAUUAUUAUUAUUAUUCUAUUAUUUUAAUUUGGCUGGGAGGAAAGGGGUUAAAAACGGAAUCUGAGCUUCCUUUUUGAAAAGCGUUAGCUUCAACACUCCUAUCUUUUCCAUUUCUCCCACUAUGCACAAACACUUUGUUUUUUUGAACAUCUAUAUGCCAAGACAGCUGUACUCUGCCAGAAUGAAUCAUUGGCCAGAAUUUGUAAUGUCACAACUCAUUUCUUAUUGAUUGUGAACAUGUUUUUUUUAGGCGUUUAAUCUUUGAUGAUAUUCUGUCAUUAUCCUGUAAAUGUUUUAGUGUCUCUAAAAAUUUAUAUUCGAAUGUAACCUGAAUACUGAAAUUAUUACAAAAUAAAUAAUCAUCCUGGUGAUACCA